AAUCAAUAAGCUCAGUUUCUCUUUCCUUUAGCGAAAAGUUUCUCACCCUAACCCCCAAUUAAGUUCGCGUUUUGUGCGUAACGUUGCGCCCACUGGUUGAAACCGGAACACAGUGGAAGUUGAACACAGUUGGGGAUGGAGGAGAAUUCAAGAGGUUGGGAUUCCGGAAUGGUGAUGGAAACCCUAAGGCAAAGAGGUUGGUGUUUGGAAGACACAGAAAAUUUGAAGGCCAUCAUCGUCAUUCAAUCCGCACUCGCUGAUGAACCUUCCAAAUUCCUACGUUCUGUCGAGUCAGAGCUCCUUAAUUCGGACCUUCGAUCUAUUGGCGCCAAGUCUCUGCCCCAACCCUCUCUUCUUCGCAAUGCUUCCUCUUUUCUUCACGGCCCAAAAGUUCUUCAGAUAAAUUCGGUGAGGGACAUAUCUAAGAGCAGCGUGGAUGAGUUUUUGAGGAAUUCAGGUGAUCGGAGAGUUCUCAGAUUGUGUCUCACUGAUGGUCACUCCGAAAUAACUGCAGUGGAAUAUUCUCACGUUCCUUCUAUACCCGACAAUGUUGUUCCGGGUACUAAGAUCCGUUUGGAAAAUAAAGUUGCAGUUCAUAGUGGAAUUGUUUGCUUAACUCCUAAAGUAUUGACUGUAUUAGGAGGUGUUGUUCAAACACUCUACGAUGAAUGGGAGAUGAAUAAAAAAUAUUCAGGAUUCUCCCGAUCAUCUUUAAGAAAGCUAGAGAAUCGUGAUACAGGUGGUCCUCCACAGUUUGUGAAGCUGCAGGUUGGAUCUUACUCAGGUAUUACAGAUUAUAACUCUAGUAGAAGUCGUAAGCCAAUUGCUGAUGUUGGUAAAGCUGAGAUGAGACCAACAGGUAUUGCAGAUUAUAAAUCUAGUGGAAAUCAUAAGCAAAUUGCUAUGCUCGGUACAACUGAGAAGAGACCAACUGAUAUCCAGCAAGGCCCCAACCAGAAAGCAGAUAUUUUGAAUGUAAAUCUAGAAUCCAAUCUACCUCAACAAAGAGCUCAAGACAAGGCUAGUAGUUCAAGCACAAGGCCAAAAGAAGUUGUGGAAUCUGUUCCUGUGCAAAAUCAAGCAGCUGCCCAAAAAUUACUUCAGAAACUGAAUCCACCAAGUGAGAAUAAUCGACGUGGUAGGGGUUGGAAACAUAGGGGCAAGGGGAAAGAAGAAGAUCCAGUUGUAUUCACUCUGGAAGAAUAUGAAAACAGAAAGGCCCAGACAAAGCUUACUAAUACAGACAAGGAUCUAUAUAUCAGUCAUGAUGAGGAUCUUGCUAGGCACCUUCAAAAUCAACUAAACCUUGAGGAUUCUCGGGAAGGAUGGGGUGUGGGUACUCAUGAAGCCAAGGCACAAGAUAUUAGGAUGAGUAUGUUCACAUAUGAAAGGGAUUCUGAAAGCAGCCAUCAAAUGGCACAAGGAGGAAGAAGAGGAAGAGGAAGGGGGAGAGGAAGGGGAAGAGGAAGGGGGAGAGGAAGACAUGGUUAACUAAAAUAUGUUUUUUUCCUUUUCUUUUUCUUGUGAAGAUGGAAAUCAUGGUUCAUGAUGGUAAUGGUUCCUUUGCAAAAUCCAAUGACCGGAACAACUAUAGCAUUGGGUUAAGUUUUCAAGGUGAUCAAUUUUGAAAAAGGUGUGAUGGUAAUGGUUCCUUGGCUAAAUCCAAUGACCAGACCAACUAUAGCAUUGGGUUCAGUUUUGAGGUGAAGAAUCUUGACAAAAAAGUGACAAACCUUUUAGGUUUUCUUUGUUACGUGUAUCAUAGUUUGUUGGUUAUUUCUA